AUGUCUCGCUUCUUAGACAGCAUUUCCACCAUUGUCAGCAUCUUUCACCAAUAUGCAAAAGGGGAUGGAGACUGCCCCAACCUCAGCCGAAGGAAGAUGAAAGAGUUCAUCCAGACGGAGUUUGCAGAUGUCAUAGCUAAGCCGCAUGACCCUCAGACAAUUGACAAGAUUCUGCAAUUUCUGGAAUGGGAUGGUGAUGGGGAGAUAGAUUUUAAUGAGUUCCUGCUUUUGGUGUUCAGAGUGGCUAAGGCCUGCUACUGGUACCUGCCGAAGGGACCAUGCCUUCUGCAAAGAACAAAGCUGACAACCAGCAGCAAGUCACUCCAAGAGCCUGAAAUUAAGAACAGAGGGAGCCGUCAGCAGCUCCACGAGGAGGAACAACAAACCUGUGAGACUAAUCACCGUCCCCCCAGUGAACGUGAGCUGCAGCAAGAUACCAGAGUGAAGGAGUUUGAAACACGAGAGGAAACGAGGAGUCAUCACCAGCAACGUAACACACAGAGCAGAAACGAUGCAAAAGAAAGCAGUGAGCCAGGGGAUCCAAUCUCCCAGGUGUAUGAAGAACGAAGCCAAGAGCCACAUGACCAACGGAACAGACAGAGAAGACGUCAGCCACUGGAGCCAGACAGACGAGGAGAUGGACAACUCAGCAAGCGCGACAGCUUGCAAGCACAUGAGCCGGGACUCCAGGCAGAUCAGAGGCAAAAUCGAGAGGGGCCUCAGCCAGAACAAGUGGCAGACGUGAGGAGUCGCAGCCAGACCCGUGAACCACAACCACUGUCAAACCGGUGGAGUAGCCAUCAGCCGCGUGAGCCAGCACUACCAGCGUACGAUCAAAAAAACCAGCAGCCACAAGAAGCAGAUAGAGGAAGUCACAAUCAGCCACGUAAACCUGAAUUACUCACAGAAGAGAGAAGCCGCUACCACCUACGUGAGCUGGAACAAAAAGCACUUCAACACAGAAACCACCAGACACGUGAGCCUGAAUGCCUGGACUCGAGACGCCCACAUCAGUCACACAUAAAGGAACCGCUAGAACUAGACCUUAGGUACUAUGAAAAAUGUGAGCAAGACAGAGGUUCCUAUGAACAAGGGAAGAACGAGGAACAUGAGCUUAAAUAUCCAGAAAGACAGAGAGAAAUUCAUCAAAAUAAAAACUGGGAGGAACAAGAUGAUAGGAGGAGGGAAGAGCCUGUGCGGAAGAGGAGGAUCGAUCGCCUGCGGGACCUGGACCUGGAGAUCUACGAGCGCCGCCAGACACGCACCAGGGAUGACCGAGGUGGCACCACAAACCAGGGGGAUGCACGCGAGAGACACGAACAUCAACCACGCGAGCCUGAAGACGAUGGAAGGAGGCAACGGGACCUGGUGGGGUACGACAGGACACGAGAGAUUGUGGUGGCUGCAGCAGAAGCCGAUGUCGAGAUCCAACGUGUGUCCCGGGAGCGGGAGCCACGUGAAGACGUCAAAAGGAGAGAGCGUCCCU